AUAUCUUUUAAUCUUUCUGUGAUAUUAUGGACUGUCAAAUUUACACAAACUUUACAUCAAAUUGACAUCAAACUCCUUGAAUUGCUUCUAAUAAUGUGCUGCUGCUUCCUGCAGCCACAGCGCACACACCCCAUACGCUUGGGAUGUGUUUCUUUCGUUUUCAUUUCCCGGAAGGAUUCAAUGUGAAAUUGAGUGGCUCGGAUUGUCCGGCUUUAAAAGGAUAUUUUAAGAGUGCGCAGACACCGUCUCCAAAAUUUGGGAACACUUGUGGGGGGGGGGUUUUCUCACAGUAUUUGCACUAGUCUGUAGAAAAUGUUAAUAUGGAAGAAGUCUGUCCUUCAGUUUUGGUCAAGCAAGAGAAAAGAGACCGUGUUUUGUUGAAACCUCUGACACAAGAAGUGCGUAUUCCUCUAUCCUUGCAUCACAGCCCCUCUCCCCUUUCUCUGGCUGCUUCUUCAAUGCAAGAUGACCUGUGGCAUUUACCUGGACGGUUGCGUAUAAACCCAUCACUGUGGGAUAAAGAGGAUGUUGCCUUGUGGUUGGCCUGGGCUCAGAAGGAGUACUGUCUGCGCCCUCCUGAAAAAGGACAGUUUGAGAUGAAUGGACGUGCGCUGUGCCUCUUGACUAAAGAAGACUUCAGGCGACGCUGCCCCAGUUCAGGUGAUGUACUAUAUGAGAUUCUACAGUGUGUAAAACAGCAAAGAAGGAAAGCUUGUGAAAUCCCACAAUCGCCUCAAACCUGCAACUCAGCCCAAAUUCAAGGCCCAGUCUGUAGCCAGAUCUCCAGUCACAGCGCCCAACCUGCUACAACUAUACCAGUUCCCAGGCCCACCACCACCAUCACUCCACCACAGUGCAGCCUACGAGACCUUCCUUUAAUUGUGUACCAGCCACACACUCCACCAACUCAAAUUGAUGAAGCAACAAUAAAAGCUCAGUGUUCUCAAAACAACAGCCCAGAGCCAGAGCCUCUGAACCUGUCCAGUUGGAAGAGGCGACGAAGUCCUCUUCAAGCAGCUAAUGGACGCAUCCCAGAAUGCCGACUACUGUGGGACUAUGUCUAUCAGUUGUUGUGUGAUGAACGAUAUCAGGAGUACAUCCGGUGGGAGGACCCGGACAGCCUGGUGUUCAGGGUAGUAGACCCCAAUGGACUGGCACGUCUCUGGGGGAACCAUAAGAACCGAGACAACAUGACCUAUGAGAAAAUGUCCCGUGCACUGAGACACUACUACAAACUCAACAUCAUAAAGAAAGAGAGAGGCCAAAAACUGCUGUUCAGAUUCCUUAAGAAACCCCAAGACAUCCAAAAACAUGUUGUCCAAGACGAGCCAACAGCAUACAGUCAUGACACGGACUACGCUGACCCUAGUCCCACACAUGAAGAGCACCAUUUUGAAUUGUCCCCUGAAAAUGGUUCCCCCAAGUCUCCUUCUGCACAUACUACUCCUGUUAGAUAGAGAAAAUA